AAUAACAGAGGGAGGGAAGAAAGAGAAGCCGAAAGUUCAGGGCAUCCAGAACCAUGUACAUCCCACAAAUUGAAGGACACGAGUACAUGAUAGAGAAAAAUGAGGAGGGGAGAAGAUCGUCUCGUAUUCAGAGUCGCGAACCUGGCUGAUCUUGGUUCCUUUCAUUCUCUUAUGAAUUUAUGCAAUUUUCCAGGAAUUCCCAAGUCAUAUUGCAGCAAAACAGCUAAUUUACAGCCAAAAUUUGAGAUGGGUUAUAGUGAUGAAUGCAGGACGACUUAGUUUCUAUUUCAAUUACAAGCAUGAACUUGUGAUUGAUUCCAUAAGUCAUCGAGCUUCAUAUUCGUGUUGAGAAAUGGGUACUGCAGUAAAUAUUAUUGUGGGUUCUCAUGUGUGGCUUGAGGACCCUGGAUUGGCUUGGAUUGAUGGACAAGUACAAAGAAUUAAUGUUGAAGAAGUUGAGAUCCAGACUAGCAAUGGGAAAACGGUUGUUGCAAAGCUAUCAAAAAUAUACCCAAAGGAUAUGGAAGCCCCUGCUGGUGGAGUUGAUGAUAUGACUAAACUAUCCUAUUUACAUGAGCCCGGGGUUUUGCAAAAUCUGAAUAUUAGAUAUGAGCAUCACGAGAUAUAUACCUACACCGGUAAUAUUUUAAUUGCAAUCAACCCAUUCCAAAGGCUUCCUCAUCUUUAUAAUUCUCACAUGAUGGAACAAUACAAGGGAGCACCUUUGGGAGAAUUAAGCCCACAUGUUUUUGCAGUUGCUGAUGUUGCUUAUAGAGCAAUGAUUAAUGAAGGAAAAAGCAACUCUAUCCUUGUCAGUGGUGAAAGUGGAGCAGGUAAAACUGAAACAACAAAAAUGUUAAUGCGUUAUCUUGCCUUUCUGGGGGGAAGGUUGGUCACUGAAGGUCGCACAGUGGAGCAACAAGUUCUUGAAUCAAAUCCUGUACUUGAAGCAUUUGGCAAUGCUAAGACGGUGAGGAAUAACAAUUCCAGCCGUUUUGGUAAAUUUGUUGAGAUUCAAUUCGAUAAGCAUGGAAGAAUAUCUGGAGCAGCUAUCAGAACUUACCUUUUGGAGAGAUCUCGUGUUUGCCAGAUCAGUGAUCCUGAGCGAAACUACCAUUGCUUCUACCUUCUUUGUUCUGCACCUCAAGAGGAAAUUGAUAAGUAUAAGUUGGGACACCCAAAAACAUUUCAUUAUCUUAAUCAGUCAAAAUGUUAUGAGCUUGUUGGUGUAAGCGAUGCUCACGAUUAUCUUGCCACUAGAAGAGCCAUGGAUGUUGUUGGGAUAAGUCAGAAAGAGCAGGAAGCAAUUUUUAGAGUCGUUGCUUCAAUACUUCAUAUUGGCAAUAUUGAUUUCACUAAGGGCAAGGAAGUUGAUUCAUCAGUUCCCAAAGAUGACAAGUCCAGAUUCCAUCUCAAGACAACAGCGGAACUACUUAUGUGUGACCCUGAAGUCUUGCAAGAUGCACUUUGUAAACGUGUCAUGAUUACACCUGAAGAGGUUAUUAAACGAUGUCUUGAUCCAGUUAGUGCGGCAAUAAGUAGGGACGGAUUGGCUAAAACUAUAUAUUCUCGGUUGUUUGAUUGGUUAGUGAAUAAGAUCAAUGUCUCAAUUGGACAAGAUCCUGAUUCAAAAUCUCUUAUUGGUGUUCUCGAUAUUUAUGGUUUUGAAAGUUUUAAGAACAACAGUUUUGAGCAGUUUUGUAUUAACUUCACAAAUGAGAAGCUGCAGCAACAUUUUAAUCAGCAUGUGUUCAAGAUGGAACAAGAAGAAUACACCAAAGAGGCUAUUGAAUGGAGCUACAUUGAAUUUGUUGACAAUCAAGAUAUCUUGGAUCUUAUUGAGAAGAAACCUGGUGGAAUUGUUGCGCUUCUUGACGAAGCAUGUAUGUUUCCAAAAUCAACUCAUGAAACAUUUUCAAACAAACUUUACCAGACGUUUAAAACACACAAACGUUUCAUCAAGCCCAAGCUGUCUCGUACAGAUUUUACAAUAGUGCAUUAUGCUGGAGAGGUUCAAUAUCAAUCUGACCAAUUUCUAGACAAAAACAAAGACUAUGUGGUUCCUGAACACCAAGAUUUGUUAUGUGCCUCGAAGUGCUCUUUUGUUGCAGGCCUUUUCCCUCUCCUACCCGAUGAGACUAGCAAAUCUUCCAAAUUUUCUUCUAUUGGUUCUCGUUUUAAGCUACAACUACAACAAUUGAUGGAGACAUUAAAUGCUACAGAACCUCACUACAUUAGAUGUGUAAAGCCUAACAAUCUUCUCAAACCUGCCAUAUUUGAGAAUGUGAACGUCAUGCAACAAUUACGCUGUGGUGGUGUUCUAGAGGCAAUUCGGAUAAGCUGCGCUGGCUAUCCUACUCGAAGACCUUUCUUUGAAUUCAUUAACAGAUUUGGGCUUCUUGCAACUGAGGCCUUAGAAGGAAACUAUGAUGAGAAAAUUGCAUGCAAAAAGAUUCUUGAGAAGAAGGGACUCUUGGGGUUUCAGAUAGGUAAAACAAAGAUUUUUCUAAGAGCUGGGCAGAUGGCUGAAUUAGAUGCAAGGAGAACAGAGGUUUUAAGUAAUGCAGCUAAAACUAUUCAACGACGUAUACGCACUCACAAUAUGCGAAAACGGUUUUUAGCACUUCAAAAUGCAGCUGUGUAUAUGCAAUCUUUUUGUAGAGGUAGAUUGGCUUGCAAGCAUUAUGAAAAUAUGAAAAGGGAAGCAGCUGCCUUGAGAAUCCAGACGCAUGCACGUAGUUUCAAAGCCAAAGGAGCCUACAAAAGGCUUCGGUUAUCUGUUCUCUUUUUGCAAUCUGGGUUACGGUUUAUGGAAGCUCGUAAUGUAUUUAGAUUCAAGAAGCAAACCAAAGCUGCAACCAUUAUUCAGACCCUAUGGCGCUGUCACAAAGCUGCCACAUUCUAUAGAAAGCUAAAAAGAGGAGUCAUAGCUGCACAAUGCAGUUGGAGGGGAAUAAUUGCCAAGAGAGAGUUACGGAAGCUCAAAAUGGCUGCAAGAGAAACAGGUGCUCUUAAAGAAGCGAAAGACAAGCUUGAAAAGCAUGUGGAAGAACUCACGUGGCGUUUACAAUUGGAAAAACGGAUGAGGACUGACUUGGAAGAAACAAAAGCACAAGAGAUAGCUAAACUGCAGAACAGUUUGCAAGAUAUGCAAGCGAGAAACGAUGAAACAACUGCUUUGUUAGUCAAAGAACGAGAGGCCUCAAGGAAGACUAUUGAAGAAGCACCUCCUGUCAUCAAGGAAAUCCAAGUUAUGGUUGAAGACACUAAACGGAUUGAAUCGUUGACUGCGGAAGUUGAUUCCCUAAAGGACUUACUCCAGUCAGAAAAGGAAAAAUCUUCAGAUUUGGAGAAUAAGUCAGUUGAAUCCAAAGAAUCUUUUGAAGAUAGACUUAGAAAGCUGGAAGAAACAGAAAAAAGAGCCAACCAACUCCAAGAGUCAUUGACCAGGAUGGAAGAAAAACUCAAUAAUAUUGAAUCAGAGAAUAAGGUUCUCCGCCAACAAGCUGUGUCAAUAACACCAAACAAGUUCUUAUCAGGACGCUCCAGAUCAAUUAUUCAGAGGAAUGCAGACAGCAGUCAUAUGUUGGGGGGGGAUAAUACAAGGACACCUUUGGAUCUUCAUAGCCCUUCAAUGAACCAGAGAGGGGAGGCACUUCCUGAACUUGAUGACAACCCGCAAAAGUCUCUGAAUGAAAAACAGCAAGAGAAUCUUGAGCUCCUUAUUCGGUGUAUAUCUCAACCCCUGGGAUUUUCAGGAAAUAGACCAGUCGCUGCCUGUAUCAUCUACAAAUGCCUUUUGCACUGGAGAUCUUUCGAAGUUGAGCGGACCAGUGUGUUUGACCGCAUCAUUCAGACAUUUGGCCAUGCCAUUGAGACACAGGAUAAUAAUGAAAUCUUGGCUUAUUGGUUGUCCAAUGCUUCAACCCUGUUGCUACUACUUCAACGAACACUAAAAGCAAGUGGUGCUGCUGGAAUGACUCCACAAAGACGCAGGUCAUCAUCAACUAGUUUGUUUGGGAGGAUGACACAUAGUUUCCGUGGAGCUCCUCAAGGAGUAAAUCUACCCUUUGGUAAUGGAGGCCUGCCCGGGGGAAUAGAAACACUGCGCCAAGUUGAAGCCAAAUAUCCUGCAUUGCUUUUCAAACAGCAACUUACAGCAUAUGUAGAGAAGAUAUAUGGAAUAAUCCGUGAUAAUCUGAAGAAAGACAUUUCUCCAUUACUUGGAUUGUGUAUUCAGGCACCAAGGACUUCUAGAGCAAGCUUGGUGAAAGGCUCAUCCCGUUCAGUGGCAAACUCAGCUGCUCAGCAAAUUUUGAUUGCUCACUGGCAAGGGAUAGUGAAGAGCCUUCAACAUUUCUUGAACACUUUAAAAGCUAAUCAUGUUCCCCCAUUUUUGGUGCGUAAGGUUUUCACGCAGAUAUUCUCGUUCAUAAAUGUUCAACUAUUCAACAGUCUUCUAUUAAGACGGGAAUGCUGUUCCUUUAGUAAUGGUGAGUAUGUAAAAGCAGGAUUGGCUGAACUCGAACAAUGGUGUUACUCUGCCACAGAGGAGUAUGCUGGGUCAGCUUGGGAUGAGCUCAAACAUAUCAGACAAGCUAUUGGAUUUCUGGUUAUCCAUCAAAAGCAUAAAAAGUCCCUAGACGAGACAAGACAUGUUCUGUGCCCGGUUCUUAGCAUACAACAGUUAUACAGGAUCAGUACAAUGUACUGGGAUGACAAGUAUGGGACACACAGUGUAUCCCCAGAUGUUAUAUCUAGCAUGAGAGUAUUGAUGACAGAAGAUUCAAAUAAUGCAGUGAGCAAUUCUUUUCUAUUGGACGAUGAUUCAAGUAUUCCAUUUUCUGUGGAUGACAUAUCGAAGUCGAUGGAGCAAAUAGAUAUAGCUGAUAUUGACCCGCCACCACUUAUAAGUGAAAACUCGGGAUUUAGCUUUUUGUUGUCUACUCCUAAUUAACCAAUGUUUUGCAGCAUGAAGAACUUACUGAUC